CUGUGGCGUUUGUUUGGGUCUAUAAGAAGCCAGGGGCGCUGCGUAACGGCGUCGGGGGAAGAUGGAGGGCUACUGGUGUUUUCUGGCGCUGCUGGCGUCGGCGCUGCUGCUGGGCUUCUGCUCCGUCGUCUUCGCCCUCGUCUGGGUUCUGCACUACCGCGAGGGGCUCGCCUGGAACGGGGACGCCGCCGAGUUCAACUGGCACCCGGUGCUCAUCAUCACGGGCUUCGUCUUCGUGCAAGGGAUCGCAAUCAUUGUGUACCGGCUACCGUGGACCUGGAAGUGCAGCAAAUUCCUGAUGAAAUUAAUCCACGCUGGGUUAAAUACCAUCGCUCUGGUGCUUGCCAUUAUUGCUCUGGUGGCCGUUUGGGAUUUCCACAAUGCCCAGAAGAUUCCCAACAUGUACAGUCUGCACAGCUGGAUCGGCCUGACUGCUGUCAUUUGUUACGCUCUACAGCUUGUUCUAGGUGUUGCUGUCUUCCUGCUUCCUUUUGCUCCUGGUUCCCUUCGGGCAACCGUGAUGCCAAUUCAUGCUUAUUUUGGCCUUCUAAUCUUCGGAACGGUGAUUGCGACGGCCCUCAUGGGAAUCACAGAAAAACUUAUUUUUGCUUUACAAAAGCCUAAAUAUAAAGAUUCCCCCCCAGAGGCCAUCUUUGUCAACGUUCUUGGCGUUCUGAUCUUGGUCUUCGGUGCUGUUGUUUUGUGGAUGGCGACAAGGCACAAUUGGAAGCGCCCGCAGGAGCCGGAUGUGAAAAUCUCUCACCGAAACGGAGGAAUGCUUGACGGUAACAAAGAAGGAUCGACUAUGACGGACUGCAGCAACGCGGAGAAGUCUGACGUGGAGUUCAACAGCGAGGCAGCCAGAAAACGCAACCUGAAACUUGACGAAGCUGGUCAGAGGUCAACCAUGUGAAGGUGUUGGGUGCUACAGCCGUACAUCUCUCAAUACCAAAAGGGCUAUUUUUCUCCCUCGCCCCUUUAGCUGUGCAACAACACAAUAUAUAUCGCUUGCUUAGUGCUACUGGAUUUUCAUAUUCAUUGAUGACGAGGUGGCAAGGACUUUGAUUCUAGAAGAAUUCGUGUUUAUUGUCAGUUGUUCUGAAUGUAACCUUUCAUCAACAUGGGGCUGGAAUGAAGCACGUGAGUUUUCCGCUGGUACAAGGCCUGUUUUCUUGAGCUGCUGGCAAAUCUCUUUGAGGAGCAGCUUGCCAGUGUGGUGUUCCAUGCCUUCCCAUAUUUUUGUGGUGAGCAGAUCCUAAAACCAUUUUAUCACUAAAACAAAUAAAACGUUAAGGUGUUUGUAACAGAAGAGUCUCUAGAAAAAUGGCAUAUACAGUGGUGCCUUGCUUAACGAAUGCCCUGCUUAACGAAAUUUCCGCUUAACGAAAGGAUUUUUCGAGCGGAGGUUGUCUCGCUAGACGAAUUUGUUUUUUGAAAAAUUCAUCUUGCGAAUCGCGGUUUCCCAUAGGAAUGCGUUGAAAUUCAAUUAAUGCGUUCCUAUGGGCAAAAUUUUUUUAAAAAAAAAUUCAAUGCAUUCCUAUGGGAUUCGCUAGACAAAUUUUUCGUUAUAAGAAAAGACCCGUGGAAUGAAUUAAAUUUGUCUAGCGAGGCACCACUGUAUACAAAUUAGGAGCAGAAUAGCACAGGUAUUGAAGGGAGAGGAAAGUUUUUUUGGGGGGGGGCAGACAUUGCAUAAAGAUUUGCCAAAACAAUUACAAUCUUCCUAUUAGUGUUGCUCAGAUCAGCCCUCGUAGUCUCAGAAGCGCAAUCGGAGUUCUGUUUGUGCCAUUCUAGGUUAUCUUACAAAACUGGUAUGGCUACUUCAUCCCCUGAUUUCACACAAGCUUUGGUGUUUAGGGUUUUUAAUUUAUUUAUUUACAUUGCACACUUCAUCUCAUGUGAAACCACAUCAUUGGCACCCUAACAGUAUUGGAGGGCAUAGUCCAUUAAACACGGCUACCAAGAGUGUUUCUGUACAACAGUGUGAAAUUGAUAUCGGUUGCUCAGCCCCCGCGCUUGGAUUAAAGUGGUCCCGCUAUUUCUGUGACUCCAGUGGGACAGAAAUCCAAUAUAAGUGGAAGGAUGUUUCCUUAACAGGUUGGCGGAUUGCAUUCUAAAGCAGUCCUCUUCGAAAAACUUUGGAAUAUUGGACCUCUCAAAGGCACUGGUAGAAAUGUUCACUAACUGUAAGAAGAAUGACGGCAUGCUUUGCACACUUUUCGCUAUAGGAAAACUUUAUGCAAAAGCAUCUUACCUUUAGUUUACAGCCUGCACUUUGUAACUUUACCAAAAAACAAAGCCCUCGUCACGGUCACAUUAUUACAGUCGAUAUUCUAGUUCUCCAUAAUAAAUUCAUUUGGCACAGUGCACAGACGAGUAACCCGUUUAUAUGGCAAAUGGCAAUCUGAAGAUACGGUACCCUCGUUAAGCUAAACAAACCAUAAUGCUAUUUAUUUUAAGAGCUGGCUGCUAUUUAUAGUUGCAUCAUUUGUUAAAUGGUCUUCUUUAUAAGAGCUGCAGUUUCAAAGAGAUCUGGGGAGGAAAGGAGGUUACAAAGAAAAUGCCUUGGAAUUGAAAUCGGAACCUUUAUCGUGGAAACAUUAGGGAAUGUUACAUAAUUUUGCAAAAUGUAAGGAAGCCAGCUUGACUCUAGGUAAUGCUAAGCAGUAUAUUCAGGUUUGUUUUAAGAUCUCGGGCUAGCUUCAAUUCUGAAAGCACUAUACUGAGAUUUUUCCAAAAGGAGAAGUGAUUCUGGAAUGAUUUCUUAGGGCAUUGGGAUAUAACCAGAAAUCUAAGGAAGCUUGUUGACUGUUGAACAUAUAUGUUGCAAAUUGUCAGUAUCUGCUGAUGUGAUUUUACAGAAAACUGCAACCGGACCUUCAGGACCAAAUCUGCUGUUUGUGUCUCUUCGUUAUAAAAAAUUCUCUGGUAUUGUUUGACCCACUUUUCUGGCUCAAAACUGAAACAUGCUGGUUUUCAUUGUGUCAAGGAAAGGCUUUUAUACUUUGUACUACCCUGUUCUACUGAAUUCUAAUGAAAUUCAGCACUUGUUUGUGAAUGAACAGAGCUGAUCGGAAAGCUAAGCUGGAUGCGUGCAUGUCAAGUCUUCUGACCAGGCCUACUAGGGGAAAGAGUGAACCACCUCUGUGAAAGGCUUGUUCUAGAAGCCCUUUUGCAGCCCAUGGCCGCAGUGCAAUGGGAAGCCAGCCUGAGAGAGAAGUCUGCGCGUACAUAAACAAUCCCUUCGCCCCCAUGGCAUGUGACAGUGGUUAGGUGUCAUGUGACAGUGGGUGUGGCCAUAUUCCUUCUCUCACACUCUCAUUUCCUUUGUUUCUCCUGCCCCGUCCCAUAUAUGUAAGCCCAGGACAUCCUUCAUGAUUAGCUUCCAUAUCAUCAACUUUUGAAAAGUGAGCACCCUGAACAGAUCAUUCUGUUAAUGUUCGGUGUGUUUGUGGUCAACCUAAUACCAUCUCACGCCUGUUCAACAAGCCGUGCAAUAGUUUGGUAAGCUCUGGCCCUGGCAAUGUCAAAAAGUGUUGGAAGUUGUAUUAUACUAGCCCUCGUUAUUUUGAAAAACGUAUAUGGCUGCAAUAAUGUUUUUUUUAUUAUACCAAUGGCUGCCUUAUUUCAUAAAAUCAGUAGCUGAAGGUGUGCUUCUCAUUAAGUAUAUUUAAGAGGAUACAUAGAGUAUUGUAAAUAAGAAUAAGCAGUAUAUAUGGCAAUGAUAACCUGGCUCUUUAUAGAAGGAAAUGGAAAUAUUUUGUAAUUUCUUAAUUGCCAAAGAUGCUGUGUUUUUUU